UUGAACGAUCAGAUCUCAGACUUCAUCAUGAACAAGGCCAAAGCGCUCAGUGAAGAUGACAAUACUUUCCUGCCCAACGAGAAAGACACACUGAAGAACUCCAUGGCACUCAUGAGACACCUCUUAAUGGAUGCGCAGGCCAAAAUCCUGAGCAUGAUGGAGGGCAACCAGCAGCUGGCCCUGCGCAUCGACGGAGCCCUCCAGGCGGCUGGCCAGGAGGUGAGCGCCUUGCGAGCCGAGCUGACAGCCACCAGCCGGAGACUGGCCGAGCUCACCGCCUGCUCCGGCGCCGGAGGAGGAGGCGGAGGCGGAGGCGGAGGAGGAGGAGGCAGCGGCAGCAGCAGCAGCAGCAGCCCCAACACCACGGAGAUGGCCGCGGCCGGCGGCGCCAUGGAGAACAGCCAGCCCAGCCUGCAAGUGCUUCUCCGGGAAGAGGUCUCCCAGCUUCAAGAGGAGGUUCACUUGCUCCGGCAGAUGAAGGAAAUGCUAACAAAAGACCUGGAGGAGACCCACGGCGGCAAGUCGACGGAGAUCCUCUCGGCCACCGAGCUCAAGGUCCAGCUGGCGCAGAAAGAACAGGAGCUCGCUAGAGCCAAAGAAGCCCUCCAAGCCAUGAAAGCUGAUCGGAAGCGUUUGAAGGGGGAGAAGACCGACCUGGUGAGUCAGAUGCAGCAGCUCUACGCCACCCUGGAAAGCCGGGAAGAGCAGCUACGGGACUUCAUCAGGAACUACGAGCAGCACAGAAAAGAAAGCGAAGAUGCGGUCAAAGCUCUUGCGAAAGAGAAAGACCUGCUGGAGCGGGAGAAGUGGGAGUUACGCCGGCAAGCCAAAGACGCCACGGACCACGCCAGUGCUCUUCGGUCGCAGCUGGACCUGAAAGACAACCGAAUGAAGGAACUAGAAGCUGAGCUAGCCAUGGCAAAACAGUCCUUAGCAACGCUGACCAAGGAUGUACCCAAGCGGCAUUCUUUAGCCAUGCCCGGGGAGACGGUGCUCAAUGGAAAUCAGGAAUGGGUGAUGCAGGCCGACCUCCCGCUUACGGCUGCCAUCCGACAGAGCCAGCAGACGCUGUACCAUGCCCACCCCCAGCACACGGUAGACCGUCAAGCGGUCCGCGUGAGCCCGUGUCAUUCCCGACAGCCUUCCAUCAUCUCUGAUGCGUCGGCAGCAGAAGGCGACCGGUCGUCCACGCCGAGCGAGGUCAACUCCCCGCGGCACCGAACGCACUCCCUCUGCAAUGGAGAUAGUCCUGGACCAGUACAGAAAAACUUGCACAACCCAAUUGUCCAGUCUCUAGAGGACCUCGAAGACCAAAAACGGAAAAAGAAGAAAGAGAAAAUGGGCUUUGGAUCCAUCUCCCGCGUGUUUGCCAGAGGGAAGCAACGGAAAUCACUCGACCCCGGGCUCUUCGAUGGUACCGCCCCCGAUUACUAUAUCGAGGAGGACGCCGACUGGUGACGGCCUGCCUCUCCCGCUCCCGCUUCUGGUGUGCGUGCGUGUGUGGGGGUGUCUGUGUGCGCAAGCAAAAAAAAAAAAGCCUCUAACCGAACCCAGCGGAUCGUGAGCCCGUGGCCUCUAAUGUAACCCGCUGUACAUAAACCCCCAGCGAUCCCCUGUGUGAACCCCCUGCCCCACCCCACCCCAUUAACUGUUGUCUAUGGAGCGAUGCCAGUCGUGUUGUGUAACCUUCCCCUGGUUCUGUUCUGGGGUGUGCUUUCUUUUUUUAUUUGUUUCGUUUCUCCCCUCUCUUCCCCUCCCCCACCUCCUCCAAUCCCGCUUUCCCCGCAUUUCUUUUUUACUCUUCUUUUUCCUCUUCGUCCUCCCUCCCCUCUUUUUUUUACGAAACUUGAAAAACUUGAAGGACUGCUGUGUAUCUGUAAAUAACAACGACGACGAGGAAUAUUGUGCACUGUGUGCUUGUAAAUGUCUCCUGUCCCCCAAAAAGCUGUUCUCUCCCCCUCCCCCCUUUUUUUAUUGCAUCCCACCCUGAGAUGACGUCUGCGUCUCGUGUGUUUUUGCCAAGAUGGCUGCCGAAAGGGAGAAAUGGUGUGUCCUGUUCUCUCAUGGCGAGCCAGCAGUUCAGAAGUGUGUCAGCAGCGGGGAUGGGCAACAGCCUUUUCUUAUGGGCAAGAGAUCCAGCCACCAAGUCAAGCUUGUUGGGCUAGACUGGAGAGGAAGACCGCUCUGUUGCAUGAAAGCUUCCCCCCCCCCCAAAUCCAAACAGCAGGUGUGGGACCCCCAGUCUGGAUUGAGACCUUGGUGUGGAAUAGCUUUUUGCUCUCCUUGCAGUCCUGCUCCAAUGCAAGUAGGAGAUGCCAGACACUUGAUUUGGAUUGGGUCCACAGCAAGCAGGUGGGGUGAUGAAUUGAAUCCAAAACCCCUCCCACCAGGGUUCUGAUCCAGCCUGGACACCACCUCCCAUUCUUGUAAUUGUUGGAUAUGUGGAUGGCGUCCCCCUCUGCUUUGAUCACUUUUGAGACCUCCUACUGAAUUUGAGCCAAUGGGUUGUAUCCCUACUCAGAGGAGACCCAUUGAGAUUAAGGGACCUAACUGAGUCAUGCCCAUUAAUUUCCAUGGUCUGCUUUAAGUAGGUGCUAUACUGAAUGCCAUCACUAAGGUUCAGUGGUGCCUCACUAGACGAAUUUAAUUUGUUCCGCGAGUCGCUUCGUAUAGCAAAAAAUUCGUAUAGCAGCUCCCAUAGGAAUGCAUUGAAGUGUGGUUUCCCAUAGGGUGCCUCGCAAGAUGAAAAAAAUUGUAUUGCGAGGCACCCUAUGGGAUGAAAAAAAUCCGUCUUGCGAAGCACACCAUAGGAAACUUGGUCUUGCGAGUCUCCAUUGAAAUCGCAAAACGCUUUCAUUUUGCAAGUUUUUCGUCUUGUGAGGCAUUCGUCUAGCAAGGUACCACUGUAAAGGGAAUUUCUGUGCUGCCAUAUGGAGUUCCCUAAGACUGGAGAAGUUGGCUAUCCCUGCUCUUGCACAAUCAUCUCACCAGAGAAAUCUCACCAUGAGGCAAGGAGUCCCUGUUGGCAAUAGGUUGCCUCCUCUUAUAAAUAUGUCCCUCUUGAGGUGGUGAAAGCAGGGCUGUACCUAUAGGAAGAGAGGCUGUGAGGACCAGCCCCACCUUAAGAAUGCUAUUUUUCUUGAAAAAGGGGUGCCGGAGCACACCAUGAAAUUCCCUUGUCCUCUUAGAAAGGCUAUGGCGCCCACCUGAGAGGUGCUGGAGCUGAGCUCCGGUGAGCUCCGACUGAAAAAAAGACCCUGCCACUUCCUAAAUGUGCAGUGUUAGUUUUAAAAAUGUACGUUUCUAGUCCUUUUAGUUGUGGAGAUAUCAGGGAAACCAUGAAGCGGAGGUGCUAUCCAGUCACUUACUGCAGACAGUGAAAGCAAAUCUUAAUUGGAGAGGGGGAAAGAGAAUACCACCUGUUGAACUGGGAAUAAUACCUGUUGAACUCAGUGGGGCUUACCUCUAAGUGGAACUAUGCUGUAUCUGUUUGUUUUCUAAAACGGACUGUGAUUAAAUAGACAGACCAGGCAUAGGCAAACUCCGGCCCUCCAGAUGUUUUGGCCUACAACUCCCAUAGCUAACAAGAUCCCUAGCUAACAGGAUCAGUAGUCCGGGAUGGUGGCAAUUGUAGUCAAAAAAAUCUGGAGGGCCAAAGGUUGGGGAUGCCUCAACCUGUAGGGUUGAGGGAGAAAAUCAAUUUCAUUCACAUUUAAAGACGGACUUCUCUAAUUCACAAUUCCUGAAACAGUAGGGAACCUAAGCCCAGCCACUUUGCAAAAUUCACACUUGUCUGAAUUUCGCAAUGUGGCUCUCUGGCCAAAUAAUGUAUACAAAAAUGCAGUAACCAGGGUUAAAUGUUCAUUGAAAGGCAUAGGUUGGUGACAAUUAGCAUACAAAAAUGCUUUCUGUUAGGGGAAAUGGCUUGUAAACAUGUGUACAUUAGGCACAAAUGAAUUAAAAAUGCAUAUAUUGAGGAGGGGUUUAUUUUAAAAAAUCACAAACUAGUAUAGAAAUAUAGAGGACUGAAGAUUGGAAAAAAUAGAAACUGAGAGAAACCCUAAUUAGCAAAAUAUGUAGGCAUUUCUGGCUGUUCUGGACCAAUUCCACGCAUCUGCUUAGGUCCACCACAACUACCACAAAAUGCUUGGGUGAAAGCUCUGGGUUAUAUCCAGCUAAGUUCUCCGCAGAGUUGACCCAUUCAAAUUCAUGGCCUUAAGCUGGCUGUGUUCAUUAAUUUCAGUGGGUCUACUCUAAAGCAGACAUAGUUGGAUACCACCCACUGUGUCCUUCCUUUUUUAUCUGCAGCUGAAAACCACCACACAGAGGUGCAUUUGUAGGAGGAAGUAACAAGCAAAAUGGUUAUAAAGAUGGACAGCAUCACUGUGAGAUUUUUUUUCUGCGAGCGAUUGUGCAAAGAUACCUUCUGGACCUUUCUUUUCUUUUGCAUGUGACAGACAUGAUCCUUCAGCCCACAGUGGGCUUCUGAGCCAGACUUGUGGCAAACAAAACAUUUAUGCUGCAGUUCACAAGUGACCAUAUUCUUACUUGUGGUCAGAGUGCAAAGGGGAGUGGGCUUUGGGUGCAAAGCCACCCCCAAUUCCAAAAAUAAAAAACCCCAAACCCCAGUAAGAUGACCUCUUCCAGGCCAGAAUACCUGGAAAUUAUAUGGAUGUAAAGUGCUCGCUCUCGCUUAUCUUCCUAAUUUUUCUACUUUGUUUUGUUUUUUAAUGCAUACUCAUCUGGAAUAAUUCCUUAACCCUCUUUUUUUCUCCCUAUAUUGUUUUAGUUUUUAAUUUAUUUGCACAAUACAGAAGAUGUAUUCUAACUAAAUUAUUACAUAAAUAUUGGAAUUUAUAUUUUUCCACGUUGGGUGGGGGUUUUGGACGGGUGCUGUUUCUACUUCCCUGCUCUCUGGGAGUUGAAUUUGCAGAGCUGAAGAAUGAUGGAUUUGAUGCCAAGAGAACAAAUGUUAGUUUCCCCCCAUUUUCCUUCUCCCUGCCUCCAUCCACCACCACCCCUCCUCUCCCUGACUCUCUGCUGGAACACCCAACCCAAAUGCCAAAUGUGCAUUUCUAUCAGUUCAGGUCACUUUCUGGUUAACUCACAUCAGCUGCUGCUGCUCAGAGCGGCACAGUGAGGCGAUAUUAUUACUUAUUUCUCUAGAUAGUUUUUCAUGGAUUGUGAGUGGCUGAAGUUCAGGGCCUUGCAAGAACAUCCAAAGCUGCUUUGAACUCUGUCUCAACCCCUCGCCUGACAUUGUCAUUUGUCCCCACCCCGCAGGCAAGAUCAGGGAUUUCACACACUGAUGUUCUGAAUGUACAUUCAGAUCAGAAAUGAGUUAACUAUAAUUCAGCCACAAAAUGGCCAACGUCUUCCUUGGAUUUGAAAUGACAAGGAGACAUCAGCGAGAAAAGGCAAGUGAAAAAUGGACUUGAAGGUGCUUCUGUAGGACCAAGGUAUGGAAGCAAGCAAUGGCCCGUUGUCUAAGGUGAUAUUUUAUGUCAACAAAAACCUAUCGCUUGGCCCAUUGACACAACUACUGGGAACGUAGUUUUGGUUUCUUCUCUCCACCCACCAGCUCAGUUUCCACCAACAAGAGGAAACCCAAGCAAGGUGAAGAAGGGUAGGUCCAGGGAUCUGGAGUUGCCUUGGUCCUGAGACAAGGCCAGGACCCUGAACAAGGGCAGAGAUGCUGUGCAGAGUUCUGUAGCUGGCGUUCAGGACCAAGGAUAGCAACCCUGCAGCUGAGACAGGAAGACCAUGUUGUCUCAGCACUGGCCUGAAGCAACUGCCAGGGCUUUGUAGUCUGAACUGAAAAGUUAUGGGAAAAGCCCAAGCCUUGGAGUGCUGCUGAUGGCCAGUUAAAGGACUAGUGCUGUUCAAGACAGCUGCUGACUUCUCAGCAGUGGGGUUUGGCAUUUCGAGUACUCCUUUAGGCAAAGUCGCCUGGAUAUUCUUGAGCCUCCAAGGAAUCUGACCACUAUUGAUUAGAGUCCUGUAGAAAAAGUACCUCCUUGGGUUUCAGGGGCCAGUGUGUGGACUGCGUUGCCAGCAGAUAUACUCAGGAAGGAUUAGGGAUCCACCUCCUCCUCAGAGUUACUAUUGCUUGAUGACUUUACAUCGAAGGACUGCUGGUCCAGAAACCAUGGCACUUCUGAACUUGAUCAUAUUUCCUUGGUCAAUUGAUCAUUAGCCCUUCCAGAUCCUCUUGCACAAUUGGGAGAACUCUGGACCAAAUUUUGCAAUCCUGCAGUUGAGACAGAAGGAGCCAUUUGUCUCAUUUUCCUAGGGGGAACGGGCAGUAAAUACAGUUCAAAGUAAGCAAGUGUAAGGUUGGCACGAAAAACCCUAAAUUUCACAUAUCCACUCACUGGUCAGUGACUGACCAGGAACGAGAUCUUGGCGUCUUCAUGGAUAGCCAGAUGAAGGUGUUGACCCAGUGUGCGGCAGCUGCGAAAAAGGUGAAUUCAAUGCGCGGGGUCACUAGGAAAGGAAUUGAAAACAAAACUGUCCAUAUCAUAAUGCCUUUGGACAAAUCUAUGGUGCAGCCACACUUGGAAUACUCUCUGCACAGCUAUGAUCACCUCACCUGAAAACGAAUAUUUUACAGCUGGAAAGCUUUCACAAAAGGGCAAACAAAACAGAUCAAGGGUUAUAACAUGGGGCGGGGGGGGGGUUAAGUUUAAGGAAAUGAUGACCAAGAAGUGACAGGAUAGAAGUGUGUAUGAUACAGGGAAAGUGGAUAGAGAAAUGUGUUUCCCCCCCCCCUCUCAUAACACUGGAACUUGUGGGCAUCCAGGGAAGCCAAGUGCUGGAAUAUUCAGGGCAGUCAAAGAAAGCACUUCUUCAGAUAGCUCAUAGUUAAACUAUGGAACUCACUGCCAUCAGAGGCAAUGAUGGUCAGCAAUUUGAAUGGCUUAAAAAAAAGGAUUAGACAAAUUCAUGGAGGGUCAGCUUCUUUGUAGCUUCCAGCCAUAGUGACUCUGCUCCCAACUCCCAGAAGCAGUGUGUCUUUGAAUGCCCAUUGCUGAGAACCACAGGUGCUGCUUGCUGGUCAUUCCACAACCAGCUGAUUGUCAAUUGGCAAUAACACAGGACCAGACUUUCUUGACAACAGCAGACACUUUCUGUGUUGCUCCCUCUUUGCAUAAAGGACAAGGCAGAGAUUGUGAAGAUCUUCAGGUGCUUCUUUAAAGCAUGCGUCAUUGCUCAGGUUUUCCAGGAAUCUCUCUCACAUUUUGGGGGCUGCAUCUUAUGCAAGUCCAGGUCAGAUUGAAUGCAUUGAAAUUAAUGGACAUGACGUAACUUGGGUCCAUUCAUUUCAUUGGGUUUACUCCGAGUAAAACCUAGUUUGAUACAGCCCUUGAUUUUUGUUCAGGGCUGAGUUUUAUUUAUGAUACACAGUUGUGUUUUUAUUUUAGUUUUCAUCCCAAAUUUUAUGUAAUUUUGUUGAAUGUUUGCAUUUUUAUCACUCAACUCUUAUUUUUGCAAACUGCUUAGGGAUUAUUAUUAUUUUACUGAUUGAGCAGUAUAUAUUUUUUAAAUUAAUAAUUAAAACAAACCAUGGCUUUAGUUCUUAGCUUGCCGACAACAAACAAACCAUAGUUAAACUUCUGAACUGGGCUCACACCUAGCGCUAAUAACUACAGCAUUGGUUAUUAAGCCAUGGUUUGGUGUUAAAUGAGAACCAGAGUUGGUUUGUUGUGUGUUUCCCCCUGGUGUUUUUUCAUGGGCACCCAAGUUUCUUCACCUUAUUUACUUCUAUCGUACCAAUGAGCAUAUGGCGGAGGGGCUAUAGCUCAGUGGUACGGCAUCUGCUUUGCAAACUUAAAAGUCUGCAGUUCAGUCCUUGGCAUCUGCAGGCAGGGCUAAGGGACACCCAUGGCUGAAAUCCUGGACAGCCACUUCCAGUCAGUAUGAAGAGUACUAAGAAGUAUGGCCUAGUGGUAUAAGACAGCUUCCAACAUUCCUAUGUGCAUUGAUAAAUCACUGCCCAAAAAGUGAUGCAGAUGUGAUCACGUACAUGAUUGCACAAGGUAUUUUGUGCAGUGUUUUAGUGAUGGGCGCAUGUGCUCUGGCAUAUUGCUUGAACACCACACAAAUAGAACUGGAUGCCCCUAUACGAACAGUUGUAUCAAAUUUGCUUUUUGGCAGAGAUUUGUCAGUCCACAGGUGUGCACAUUUACAUCAUUGAAACCACACACGCAAAGGUCUCAACACCCGCACAAAAGAUCUCGACACAAGCACGAGAAUGCAAUUAUCACCUUUUUGCAGGGUUUAUCAAAGCAUCAGGUGCAAAUUUGCAACGCAGAGAACAGGAUUCAAACAAACGGACAGCUGAACAUGCCUAGCACUGUGGAAAGUUUAGAAAUAAGAAACGGUUCCAAACACGCACGUUCCAUGUCAGUAACAAGAUGAGAAAACUAACUGCCCUGUUUUUUGGCUGCUGCUGCACAGUUGGUGCUAAACAACCAUCUCUUUGCAGGCAUAAAAACAGGAAUGGAGAAGGUGCAAAGGAAGCUCUGCGGGCCCUGAAAUAGCAGUAGCUCAUCAGCAUGGCGCCCAUUUAAGUGAGCUGCAGGGUAGAGAACUUGAUCUGCCUGGCAGGCAGGACCCUCGUUUCUUAAUGGCCUCAAUGACAAUGGUGCCAAGAGCCCAAGCAGACAACCAGCUGAUUGGCAGAGUUUGCAAAGAGCCACACUCCAGCGGAUGGUCGCUUGCAGAGUACAACGCACAAGGCUUUUGCAAGUGUGUUGCACACAACUUUGCAGGUACCACUGCUCGGCAGUGCCUCCAAACCCUCUUUGGCCUAGACCAGGCAUCCCCAAACUUCGGCCCUCCAGCUGUUUUGGACUACAAUUCCCAUCUUCCCCGACCACUGGUCCUGUUAGCUAGGGAUCAUGGGAGUUGUAGGCCAAAACAUCUGGAGGGCCGCAUUUUGGGGAUGCCUGGCCAGACACUCCUUCACCAUCAAAUUUGGGGCAUGUGGGCUUGGCCAAACAUCACUUUGUAGGCUAAAUUAGUCCCAACAGGCCUGAUUAGCGCUGUAGGCUGAAGGUACCCCACCAUGGCCUUAGGGUCUCCAUGAGGCCCUCAGCUUUGUUCCAAAUUUCUCGGGAUCUCUGUUGCUCCCUCCUACAUGAGCUGGAACACAGGCAAAGGGGUCUUCAACAGAGGGGGCAGAUUGUGGCCCACACCUAAGAGCUGGCAAGUAUGGUAGGGAGAUAAGUGGGUGAAACUAUUGUUGGUGGCCAGUACAAAAUAUUGAUUCAAAAUUCCUAUUAAUAUUUAAUUUUGGAAACUUGUUGGCCAGGGAUGUAGAAAUCGCACACUGGAACAGCUGAGCCUGGAAGCUUUAGAUUUGGACUCUGCCUCCCUUUGGGGUGAAGUGUUUGAAGGUCCCCUGGGCUGUGGUGUCCUCCUGGGCUACAGAGUAUCUUCACCCCCCUAGGCAGUUCAUUGCUCCCCCUUGACUUGGUAGGGCUACAAAAGCUUCCAGGUCAAGCUUUGAAUUUGCCUGGACAGUUUUUUUAAAAAAGGUAAAGGACCCCUGACAGUUAAGUCCAGUCGCAGACGACUCUGGGGCUGCGGCGCUCAUCUCGCUUUACUGGCCGAGGGAGCCGACAUUUGUCCACAGACAGUUUUUCCGGGUCAUGUGGCCAGCAUGACCAAGCCACUUCUGGUGAAACCAGAGCAGCGCACGGAAACGCCGUUUACCUUCCUGCCGGAGCGGUACCUAUUUAUCUACUUGCACUUUUCCUGGGCAGCAGCCAGUGUCAAAUAUAGUAGUAAGACCUCUUUUUAACAUGACCUCCACCUGCUUAGGAGUAACAGACAGCCCCCCUCUACUCUCAGUUCAGAAUUUAUUGAUCCAACCAUGUUUUUUUAAAAAUAAAAAACAACUCUUAAAAAAAAUAAGAGGUUUGGGGUUCCCCCCCCAAAAAAACAACAACACACACAUUACACACCAGAUGAUAUCAGGAGGACAGCAGAGCUUGAUCCCCUCCCUCUCUGAGCUGCCCCCCAAAACCCAUCCACAGGCUCCUGGGUGAUGCUUCACUGCCUCCAAACUGCCUAGCAAACAUAGGACCCAGGAAACAUCCCAGCAAGGUGUGUAGAUAUCCAGCAAGCAAUGUCCUUUGGAUUGCAUCCCCCAGAGUCCCUUCCACCCAGGGUGCUAUAGUGAGGACACUCAGCCAUGUGACUGCCUUGGGUGCAACUCUCAGGGCUUGCUGCACCCUGGAAACUUAAGCACGUUGUGGCUCCUUGCUGAUCUGUGCACUCCGAGAAGCCCGGUUCAUUUUCUCCUCUGGAGAAAAAUGGCUCGGGGGCACUCAAUUCAUAGUGCGGCUGAGCACGAGAGCGGUUUACUUAUGGACUUUGGGUGACAUCUCGCCAUCUCCUUGCCCCUGCAGCUCAGCAUCGCCACAGGCACAUGCUCCACCCCACCCACCCUUACAAGGAGCACAUCUCUAGCAAUAACAUUUCCCCUACCGUAGUUACACAGUGAAGUCGUUUUAGCCAAGCUUGGGAGUGACUCUCAGGAGGACACACGUUUGCCUUGAAAAUGUCAUGUGAGAAUCCAAGUUCUAACUGGGUAUUGCAGCCCUGUGGUCUUUCAUCCCCUACUUUAAAAGAUGGAGACAUUCCUGAUUACAAGUCAAAUGCGCUGUCAGCAGAGGGGAGUCUGUUUUAAAGACAACACAUGAGGAGAUCCCACACUGAGCUUAAGUAUUUUUAACUGACUCGUUCAGGAGUUCCCUCCAAGGAGCUGUGUACACUGCAGUUCUGGCCUGUGACCAUUACUGCAGACAUAGGUACCUCUGUUCCCUUAUCCUUGUCCAAGUUUCUAGAUUUUAUGGUUAUCGAAAUAAUCUCGAAAGUGUGCAACAACGGCUGAUAGAAUCUCAGAAGGGUUGGGGCCGAGGAGAUGUGCUAGGCCUCUAUUUUCCUCCCAUAUGAGCUGAAGCAGAAUAAAAUGGCGCAAGGCAAGUAAAGAAGAUGUGCAAACAUUCUUCUGUUUGUCAUUUUUAUGUCUCGCAUGUCUCCUUGGAUGCCAGCACAUACACAGUUAACUGCCUCAGACUCAUUUUGUUGACAUAAAAAAGCCUCCGCUUCUCUCUGUCCCAGAACACAGGGAUUUCCAGCAAGACCUUGCAAAUGUUACAAAUGGGCCAUUGCUUCCUUCAGUCCAGCAUUUCUGCAACCAAAUCAUCUCUUUUUAAUAUAAUAAUAAUAAUAAUAAUAAUAAUAAUAAUAAUAAUUUAUUUAUACCCUGCCCAUCUGGCUGGGUUUCCCCAGCCACUCCGGGCGGCUUCCAACCGAACAUUAAAAAUAGUACAGCAUCAAACAUUAAAAACUUCCCUAAACAGGGCCGCCUUCAGUUAUCUUCUAAAAGUAAAAUAGUUGCUUAUUGCCUAGACAUCUGCUGGGAGGGCAUUCCACAGGGCAGGUGCCACUACUGAGAAGGCCCUCUGUCUGGUUCCCUGUAACCUCACUUCUCGCAAUGAGGGAACCGCCAGAAGGCCCUCGGUGCUGGAUCUCAGUGUCUGGGCUGAAUUAUGGGGGUGGAGGCGCUCCUUCAGGUAUACAGGACCGAGGCCAUUUAGGGCUUUAAAGGUCAGUACCAACACUUUGAAUUGUGCUCGGAAACGUACCGGGAGCCAGCGUAGAUCUCUCAGGACCAGUGUUAUGUGGUCCCGGCGGCCAUUCCCAGUCACUAGUCUAGCUGCCGCAUUCUGGAUUAAUUGCAGUUUCCGGGUCACCUUCAAAGGUAACCCCACGCAGAGCGCAUUGCAGUAGUCCAAGCGGGAGAUAGCCAGAGCAUGCACAACUCUAGCAAGACAGUCUGCAGGCAGGUAGGGUCUCAGCCUAUGUGGAGCUGGUAGACAGCCGCCCUGGACACAGAAUUAACCUGUGCCUCCAUGGACAGCUGUGAGUCCAAAAUGACUCCCAGGCUGCGCACCUGGUCCUUCAGGGGCACCGCUACCCCAUUCAGGACCAGGGAGUCCUCGACACCUGCCCGCCUCCUGUCCCCCAAAAAACAGUACUUCUGUCUUGUCAGGAUUCAACCCAGACAGUGUCAUCAACCCAGAUUUUUUCUAUAUGUGGGGGGAGGGGGAAUCGUGGCAGGGGUAGAUCCCUUUAGAAUGCUGCCUUUUGCCAGGCUUUUAGUAGGAAUUACACCUCAGGAGAAUAAAAGGCUUUGGGAGGUGCUUUCAAAAUCCACCCCAUCUCUUCCCUGUCACCAAGACUUUGCUUUUCCAAUUAAUAGGCAACUAACCCAACCCAUCAUUUUGCAAAAGUAACAAAUGCCUUGAUAGUGGAAGGCAAUGGAUUCUACAGUGCUGGACUGGCUUUUGAGACUCCCAUCUUUUUGGAAUGGGGACACCUUAUCUUAAGAUUGAAAGGAGGACUGCAUGAAGGGUUCUGCUACCUGAGGAAAACAAAGCAGGUGGAAAUGGACCCUACCAGCCAAUGUUGGGAUGAGCAAGGCCUAUCUUACAGCUCAACUAGAUAUUAUGUUAAGGGCAACAUGCAUGUCUUUUGUUAUGUAAAGCAGUUGCAGGGAAGCCAUGGGGGUGAGCGAGGGGAGUUUAACCCUUUCUCUCUCCCCCACACACAAUCCUGACAAAAACUGCCUCUCCAAAGCUGUUGUUUAUAUUUCAGAAGGAAGUUCCCAUUAGCCUCAAGUAAACAAGAGGCAGAACAUUUCUCUGUGGGUCACUUCUUUGCAAUAUGCUACACAUUCCUUCCCUUCCCCCCCAUCCCCUCCCCCAUCUUCCCUUUUAAUCAGAGUUCAAAAUCCAAACAGCAAAACUUCUGGAAAAUAUUUAGACAUUUCUUCUUCUUUUUCCAUUUCAGCUUUCUUGUUUUCUCUUUAAAAAAAACUCCCCCCUUUUUUGGUUUUGUUUUGUAAAUUAGGAAAUAAUUAUUUUAAAAGCAAAACUAAGAAGGUGAUUUAUUUAAAAGAGAACUACUACCAUAAAAUAGCUUCUGAACUAUGGGUAACAUUAGAUUUAACUUUCUUUUCUUCCCUCCCCCAACAUGUGUGGGGAGAAACAAUUCCUUGAAGGCAUGGAUGCAGAUAUGAAAAUAUUAAAAAAAUACACAACAACUAAAUAAAGCUUAUUUUAAAGUA